AUGCUUCGUUGUUCUAGAACCCUCGUGAACGGGCGUUUGUCCGCCAGAAGCGCCCCAUUGGUUAGAAGUUCGCUGCUGAAGAGAGCACAGUCGACAACCACGACCGUUCCUCCACCAAUUAAGAAAAGUCAUCCAAUCAGGAAGUUUUUCUUCAGACUGACUUUUGUUUCUGUCUCGUUGUAUGCCGCUGGUGUUUUUGCUGCCACGAAGUCGGAUCCUAUCCAGGACGCUUUUAUUGAUUACGUUCCAUACGGUGAGGAGGUGUUGGAUUUCGUUGAGAAGUGGACAAACGAACCAAUCCCAUUCACACAGGUUCCUUCCAGCGAUCCUCUGAAGGGCAAAUUGAAUGUCGAAAAGACCAUUGAGAUACCCAAGAGAGGUGUUGCUAGUGAGAAGGUUGAUCCCCUUGCCGAACAACCCGCUGGCAAACCAGCCAAACCAGCCGAAGCCGUUAAAGCUUCUACGUCGGAGGAGAUCAAGAACGUUCUUCCAGACGUUAUUUUGCCACUUUUGUCCCAGAACGAUGUUGCUGCUAUUGAUGAAACCUUCAAGUCUGUUGUCAACAGCUUGAAUGAGUUAUUGAUUCAGAUCAACACCAACCCGAAAUCACCUAACAGCGAGAGGACCGCCCAGCAGCUGCACAAAAAUAUUCAGGAGCUUUCUGAGAAGUACGCAAAACUUAGUGCCAGCCGUGCCACUGAGUUGGAUAAACUACUGGAAUCCAAGCUUGGAGACAUCAAGAAAAGCUUCGAGUCGAAGGAGGUUGAAUUGACCAAGCAAUACUUGGGUCAACUCACCGACAUAAAGGCUGAGAUCGAAAAGAAAUACCAGGCUAGGCUCGCUGCUGAGAUCGACAGUUUUCAAAAGACGCUCGAUGCCCAGACCGCCAAUCUGAUCACCCAGUUGAAGGUGGACGGUUUGAAAGAGCUCAAGACUCACAUAUCCAGCCUGGUGGAUUCAGACCAACAGGGCAAGCUCGCCAAGUUGGAAGACUUGUACGCAAAAGUUGGGAAGCUUGAAGACCUAGAAGUUGAUCUUGCCGCCAAAGUAGGAGAGGUAGUGGCUGCCAAAGACCUCAAGAAAUCCGUCAGCAAGAUUAACAAGCUGUUGAAUCUCGAGGACCCUUCUCCUACUAUUGCCAAGGACCUCGUUAAGGAAUUGACAAACUUGUAUGGUUUGACCAAACCUUUGGAUAACACCCUCAUUUUGGAGGCCAUCAACAGUUUACCUUCUAACGAGACUCUGCUCAAGUCUGGAGGUGUGUUGACGCAGGCUCAGUUAAUCUCUAGAUGGGAGUUGCUCGUUCCAGAACUCAGAUCUGUUUCGCUGCUUCCUCCAAACGCAGGUGUUCUUGGACACAUCUCGUCAUUUGUGUUCGGCAAGCUGUUGUUCUCCAAGAGUGGUUCUCCGGUGGUGUCCAAGGAUGCCGACUUCAGUGGUACUGACGUCGAAUCUGUCAUCGCCAGAGUGAACUACCACUUGGUGAGAAACGAAUUGGAUGAUGCUUUGGAAGAAGUGUGCAGCCUGAAGGGAUGGAGCAGAAAACUAGCUGAUGACUGGAUCGUUGCGACCCGUCAAAAGCUGGAGCUCAAGUUCUUGGUUGAACUCAUUGAUUCCGAGCUACAAGUCAUUGCAUGA